AUGAAGGCCGCUUUCCUGCUUUGUGUGCUUUCGGCCACGUCGCUCCUCGUCAAUGCGAACGGCAAUUCGAUCGAUCACCAGCAGCGGGAGAGUUCACUGGAGGAUUUCAUCAAAGCUCAACAGAAGAUCUCGCUGCAAGGGAUGCUGGACAACAUCGUCGAUGGCCUGGUAGUUGCCAGUCGGACCGCUGCAUUGACCUUCAAAGUUCUCAUCGAACGCCUAUCCGUGACAGACAAGCCAAAGAUUUCGGAUCACAUAGACGAUUAUGUGAAAUCUCAAGACAUGCUACAGUUAAUGUCAAACCCUUCUGGUGGUCCCUGGUCUGGAGGUCUUGGUGAGCCCAAAUUCUACCCGAACGGCACUGCUUUCACGGGUGCGUGGAAUCGCCCUCAACAAGAUGGUCCCGCACUUCGUGCUACAGCUUUGAUCAUAUACGCCAAACAUCUGCUUGCAGCCGAAGAAGGGACCAAAUACCCCUUGUACUAUCUGAGUAGAGUCAAAUUCGAGAUUUGGCCGAUCAUCAUGAAUGAUCUCAGACACACUGCACGGUACUGGAACCACACCAGCUUCGAUCUGUGGGAAGAAACAAACGGCUCAUCCUUCUUUACCCUUUCAGCAUCCCAUCGCGCUCUUGUCGAAGGCAUGGCUCUGGCAAAGACUUUGGAUCGACGCUGCGACGGCUGUGCUUCUGCCGCACCACAAAUACUGUGUUUCAUGGAGACGUUCUGGGAUACCAACUACAUGCACGCAAAUUUCAACGACAAGGGUCAACCAAGCGGCAUUGACGCAAGCACUAUCCUGUCUUCUGUUCACACAGCUCUAGUCAAUCAUAAAACAGUAACUGACGCUUUCCGCUCGUUAUACGGCAUCAGCAGUGGCGUUGCCCAAAACCGAGGGGUUGCGGUUGGAAGAUAUCUUGAGGAUGAUGAUCACGGUGGUAACCCAUGGUUCCUGACCACACUCGCGGCGGCAGAACAGCUGUAUUUAGCUUGUGAUCAGUGGCUGGACCAAGGACAAAUAACUGUCGAUGAAACCUCGCUGCCCUUCUUUCAAAACCUAUUACCCGGGAUCCGUGUCGGUACUUAUGGCUAUGGUCCUUUCUACACCGCUCGAUCCAAAAACGACUUCAAGGCGAUCCUCUUUACCGUAUUCGACCAUGCUGAUAGCUAUAUGGCUGUCGUACGAAAAUACACUCCCCCAGAUGGACGACUCCCAGCUCAAUUCGACAGAAACAAUGGCCAGACAAUUUACCCAUCCGAUUUCACAUGGUCACAUGCUGCCUUUUACACAGCCGCAAAUCGUCGCUCGGGUGUAAGAGGGCCCAGUUGGGGCGAGCCGCUAAACAACACCUUCGAGUCGUCUCAAUGUUACUGUCACGCUCGUGUGACUUUCCAUGUACGCUCGGAAUCUACCAACGUGUUAUUCGUUGUUGGUGAUGUCCCAGAGCUUGGCAAUGGCAAGACGAAGGACGCCAGAAUGUUGACGCGAACGGGUAGCAUUGCAUCCAAAUCCGCCAACUACUCUGCGCAGAUUGAUGUACCCGCGUUGACAACGAUAGAGUACCAUUACUACAUGGUGAAUGGUGGCGUUCCUGAGGAAGAAGAGUGGAACAAGUAUCGGUAUAUCAAAACCGGUGAUUGUGGAAGCAACGUUGACACGUCUCUUGAUACUUUCUUCUACUAG